AUGGCGAUGUACGAGCCGCCAGAUAAACAAAGUGCGGUGUACGAGACACCAGAUACACCAAUGGCGGUGUACGAAAUACCAGAUACAAAGGGCGCAGUACGGGACAUCAGAUACAUCAGUGGCGGUGCGAAGUACAAAGCACCAUAUACAAGAAGGUGGACGAACGAGACACCAGAUACACCAAUGGCGAUUUUCGAGACAACGGAUACAUCGAUGGCGGUGUACGAGAUACAGGAUACACUAAUGGCGGUGUACGAAACACGAGACACACCAAUGGUGGUCUACGAGGCACCUUAUACACCAAAAGCGCAGUACGAGACAUCAGAUACACCAAUGGCGGUGAACGGGACACUAGAUACACCAUUGACACCAGAUACACAAAGGGUGCGGUACGGGAUAACAGAUACACCAAGGGCGCAGUACGACGAGACAUCAGAUACACCUAGUGCGCGGUACGAGAAACCAGAUACAUCGAGGGCCCAGUAUGGGACACAAGACACACAAAAGGCGGAGUACGAGACACCAGAUACACCAAGGGCGCAGAAGGAGACACCUAAUACGCCAAGGGCGUUAAACGAGACACCAGACGCACCAAGGGCGGUGUACAAUACACUAAAACACUAA